AUGUACGCGUCACUUGGGAUAUCGUCCGAGCAGGUGUACGGCGACAUGUACACAGCAUGGCUGCGCGAUACACAUGAGAAGAACACACCUGACGUGAAGCGGCUUUACACGACCACAAUCGAGAAGGGAUUCGGUGAUCAGAAAAUCUUGUUGCGCCGACAGCGGCUCGGCGCCAACUUCAUCAGCAGCCUUGCUCCGCUGCUACACCAGUGCUCGUUAGUGAAGCUCGACCUCCAUGGCAACAUGUUGCGCGAUGUCGGGUGUGAGAUGCUUAUUCAUGUGUUGCGGGAUGCGCCACAGCUGACGUAUCUUGACCUAGGGGCGAAUGCCAUCGGCUGCUCUUCGGUUCUGACGAGUGGCAUCAGCGGCGGCGGCGCGGUUUUUAAGGGCAAAGUUGGCGGUGGAAGCAGCCCAGCUGGCGCCCUCGCCCCUCGCAGGGGUGGAGCGGGGAGCAGUGGCGGCGCGGGUGGCAGUGGCGCUCGCGUCAGCAGUAGCUAUCUCAACGCCAUGCAGGGUCUCGGCAACGCUAUCGCGCAGCACAAACGACUGGCGGUGCUCAUCCUCGGCUCUGAAAGGGAAGAGGUCUAUGUGAAUCAGAUUGAGGCCAUCGGUGCCAUGCUGCUGCUCGAAGGCUGCGUGCUGAGCCGCACGCUGAAGCGGCUCGAUCUAAGCGGCAAUCCCUUUGCUAUGGACGGCGACACGCCGUUUGCUGGCGCGGUGCCGGGGCCCCUUGCAGCGAUAGGAGGCGCUGCUGCCGGCACCCGCGUCGGUAGUGCGUCGACACAAAUGGACACGGCUGCAGCAAGGGGCGGCAGCGCUUAUGGGAUGCGUUCUGCCCCGCGCACUCCGGUGCAGCUAAUCGCCCAGCUCCUGCGGACGUCUGUGACGCUCACACAUUUGACGCUGCGAUCGGUGUGCCUCACCGACGGUGGGGCGGCACACCUCUUUGAGGCCGCUGGCGCCAGUCGCACACUCCAGCAUCUCAACCUAAGCGCCAACGGCCUCUCCUCUCGCGUCGCUGAUGAGGCCGGCAGGCUACUGCAGCAGCGCACCGCGGCUGCGCGUGGUGGCGCCUUGGGCUGCACGCUGCAUUCGUUAGUGCUGGCACACAACGAUCUGUGGGACAACGGCGCUGCAGCGGCGCAGGCGCAUCGAGGCAGCUUGGGCAUUGGCGCCGCUGCUGCGUCCCGGCCGGCGACGUGUGAUGGCAUCGGGCUACACAACCGUGCGCAGAAUACGACGGCGAUGACCUUGACGCCAAUGUCGUCGACGUCGAAGUUUGUCAACCGCGCACGCGCUUUGCGGGAUGGCACUCACGGCGAAACUGACGAUGCUUCUCAGUCGGGACAUCACUCUCAGCAGCAGCAGCAGCGCGACCCCUCUCCAGGGAUCGUCCUCCUGCUUGCCCUGAGCCACGAUCAGUUCAUUACGACUCUCAUCCUGGACGACUGCGUGAUGGACGACACGGCACUCCACACGCUCUGCCGGUCGCUCACGACAAACGCGAUGCUCAAGGUACUCUCGAUGCGGCACAACAACCUCUCUCCCGAUGGCGUUGUUCAGCUCGGCCGCUCCUUGUGCCGCCAUCCCUGCCUCGAGAGGCUUCUCCUGUCCGGCAAUGCAAUCGAGGACGAGGGCGCCUGCGCCCUUGCCACGGCCCUUGGCCAGCCUGAUGCGCCGUUGGUCGAGCUGGACCUCGUCAAGACGUGGCUGGGCGAUCGCGGGCUGAUCGCGAUUGGUGUAGCGCUGCAGGCCAACACUUUGCUGCGCGUGCUGCGCGUCUCGGACAACCACUUCACUCACAACGGCGGCGCCUCCUUCGCGGCGCUGCUGGAGCGCAACAACUACGUUGUGCAGUGUGAGCUGGGGGCGACAAGCGUGCCGCAUCACAUUUUGCUGCGGGUGGAGCGGACGACGGCGCGCAACUGCACCCGCGCCGCAAACGCAGACGCUGACGCGCUCAAGGCGGAGGUGGUGCGCCUCCACUACCAGAAGUAUAAGCUGCUAGAGGCGCACCUGGAGCUGGAGGCGCUGCGAGAGAACAACACCGAGGUGAAGCGCACCAUCGAGAAUUUUGACCUGCAGACCAAGCAGGAUCACAGCGACUUCCUGAAGCGCAUUCGCGAACUCGAGGAGCACAUCGAGAAUGCAAAGCAGCAGGAGGCGCGGUAUACGGAGCAGAAGGCGAAGCUGGAGGCAGACCUGACCAAGGCAGAGCGAGCCCACGAGGUGGAUAUGACCUACAUGGCGGAGCGGCUCUCCGUCGAGGUCGGUCUGCGCGAGAAGGCCGAGGCGGAACUUCAACAGCGGCAGCAAGAGCUGACUUACUGGCAAGAGAAAGGGCCGGAGAGGGAGGCGCAGAAGCGGGAGCAGCUCGCGGCGCUGAAGGCGGAUCACGAGGCGUGGUCCUCGCAGCGCAAGGCGUACCGCGAUCGCACGGCCGAGCUCCAGCAGCAAGUUGCCACGCUCCAGGCGGCUGCGGCGACCGCGGGCGCGUCGAGAGGUAUGUCCAAGAAGCGCAAGAAGUCCGCAAAGGUGUGA